UACGUUGUUGCCCCUACAAAAGGGUCACACUUGUCAUAAUAGUCGGGUGAACUUGUGGCUGGUACUCCGGUCUAUAGUAGCUAGCAGGUCUACUGAAUAGAUAGCUUUGUAUGUCGUUUUCUUCUAUAAUCUAUACUAGCAUGUAUUUUGGCCCAAUAUUUGAAAUCUAGAGGCGCAACUAUUUGGACCGGAGGGAGUAGGAGCUGGUGAAACUAUUUUUUCUAGUUUCACCAGCUUAGCAAGGAGCCAGAGCUGCCAAAUGAGUCCUAGUUUCUCAAAGCAGGUUGGGCUUUGAAAGCCCAUAUAGGUUAGGCCCAGUCACGACGGAGGCCUUGAGGGCUUUGGAGGCCAUGGAUCGAACUGAACGGAGCGUCGUUUCCUUUGCCCAGUUCGCGGCCACUCGUCGGCUCAACCGCUCCACCCAGACUCCCCUCGAAUUCAGGGGAAGCGGCCGAUCCGCGCGACGACGAACCGGGUACCGGGACGAGAGGAGAGGAGGCAUGCACAUUGCAUGCACGCCCGCCGAGGACUGACGAGGCCACCACCACACAGCAGGAGCGGAACCGUGCCAUCGGAUCGAGGCAGGCUCGCGACGGACGAUGCCCCAGGACGACGACGAGAGCAUCGCCUGGGUGGGCACCGCCGGGGACGACGCACCGGCGGUGCUACUGCACGGCAGCCUGGACAUCUGGAUCCACGAGGCGCGGAACCUGCCGAACAAGGACAUCCUGUCCAAGAGGAUGCGGGACCUGCUGUGCAAGCCGUCGGAGGGCAUGACCAGCGACCCCUACGUGACGGUGCAGGUCGCCUCCGCCGUGGUGGCGCGCACCUUCGUCAUCCCCGACGACGAGAACCCCGUGUGGGCGCAGCAGUUCAUGGUGCCCGUCGCGCACGAGACCGCCGCCGUCAACUUCGUCGUCAAGGACAGCGACGUCGUGGGCGCGGAGCUCAUCGGCGUCGUCGCCGUCCGCGCCGACCGGCUGCAGACCGGGGACAGGGUCGAGGGCGCGUACCCGGUCCUCGAGCGCAACGGAAAGGAGUGCGCGCCGGGGGCCGUGCUUCGGCUGUCGGUGCAGUACGUGCCCGUGGCGAGGCUCACCAUGUACCACCACGGCGUCACCCCGGGCCCGGACUUCGCCGGCGUGCCCAGGACCUACUUCCCGCUGCGCCGGGGCGGCAAGGUCACGCUGUACCAGGACGCGCACGUGGCCGACGGCACGCUGCCGGAGAUCAGGCUCGGGAACGGCGCUUGCCGCCGGCACGGCCAGUGCUGGCGCGACGUCUACGACGCCAUAUCCCAGGCCCGGAGGCUCAUCUACAUCACCGGAUGGUCCGUGUUCCACACCAUCCACCUGGUGCGCGACGGCCACGGGGACAUGGCGCUCGGCGACCUGCUCAGGAAGAAGUCGCAGGAGGGGGUGCGGGUGCUGCUGCUCGUGUGGGACGACCCCACGUCCCGGAGCCUCCUCGGCAUCAAGAUGGAAGGUUACAUGGGAACAAGGGAUGAGGAGACCCGGAGAUUCUUCAAGCAUUCUUCAGUUCAGAUACUGCUUUGCCCACGUUCUGCUGGGAAAAGGCACAGCUGGGUGAAACAACAGGAAACAGGCACUAUCUUUACUCACCAUCAGAAAACAGUGAUCUUGGAUGCUGAUGCUGGGAAUCAUAAAAGGAAGAUUGUUGCUUUUGUAGGAGGCCUUGAUUUAUGUGGAGGGCGGUAUGAUACACCAAGACACACUCUAUUUCGGACUCUUGAGACAUUUCACAAGGAAGACUAUUACAACCCAAAUUUUGCGGUUGAAGAUGCUCAUGGCCCAAGAGAGCCAUGGCAUGACUUGCAUUCCAAGAUCGAUGGUCCAGCAGCAUAUGAUGUCCUGAAAAACUUUGAGGAACGCUGGUUAAAGGCAUCAAAGCGCAGUGGUGCUAAGAAACUGUCAAAAUUGUCGAGAUCGCAUAAUGAUUCGCUGCUCUGGAUUGCAAAGAUACCUGAUAUUAUAGCUAUUGAUGACGAAAUCUAUUCAAAUGACAAUGAUCCAGAAAGAUGGGAUGUGCAGAUUUUCCGAUCAAUUGAUUCGAACUCUGUCAAGGGUUUUCCAAAAGAUCCACGGGAGGCCACUAGUAAGAAUCUUGUUUGUGGGAAAAAUGUACUGAUUGAUAUGAGCGUGCAUACAGCAUAUGUGAAUGCCAUCCGAGGUGCUCAACAUUUCAUCUACAUUGAGAACCAGUACUUCCUUGGCUCUUCAUUUAAUUGGGAUUCACAUAAAGAUGUCGGUGCUAAUAAUCUGAUACCCAUUGAGAUAGCACUCAAAAUUGCAAACAAGAUUUAUUCGAAUGAGAGAUUUUCAGCUUAUAUAGUAGUUCCAAUGUGGCCUGAGGGUAAUCCUACUGGUACUCCUACGCAAAGGAUUCUUUAUUGGCAGAAAAAGACAAUGCAAAUGAUGUAUGAGAUAAUCUAUAAGGCCUUGAAAGAAGCAGGACUAGAUGGUACAUAUGAGCCGCAGGAUUACCUGAAUUUCUUCUGCCUUGGUAACCGUGAAGCUGAGGACACUACUAGCACUUCUGGUGGACAAUUCUCAGCCAGUAACCCACAGGACCAAGCUCGGAAGAAUAGGAGAUUCAUGGUGUAUGUGCACUCAAAAGGCAUGAUCGUGGAUGAUGAAUAUGUGAUCAUUGGGUCUGCUAACAUCAACCAGAGGUCCAUGGAAGGAACUAGAGAUACAGAGAUCGCAAUGGCUGCAUACCAACCCCAGCACACAUGGGCAAAUACACUUUCUGCUCCUCGUGGACAGAUUUUCGGGUACAGAAUGUCUCUAUGGGCAGAGCACAUCGGAUACAUCGAGGAGAGUUUCACCAUGCCGGAGAGUCUAGAGUGCACGAGGCAGGUGCGGCACAUCGGACAGCAGAACUGGGAGAAAUUCAUCUCCAGCCAUGUGACCGAGAUGAAGGGCCACCUGCUCAAGUAUCCCGUCAGCAUCGAUUCCAGUGGCAAGGUGAAUCCUCUGUCUGGGUGUGCCACAUUCCCAGAUCUUGGUGGGAACAUCUGCGGCUCAUUCCUGAACAUCCAAGAAAACCUCACAAUAUGAGCAGAGCUUAUAGGUUACCGAAGUCACUGCGGGUGACAUUGACAGCUUCAACAUUGUGUCAGCAGAAAAGAAAGUUACAUGCCUCCGGGAUUGAUUCAAGAGAUCACCUAGCUUUCUGUAGGAAGGUCAACACCAGAGAUUAAUAGGUUAGUACUUUGUAUCCAACAGCAGUGUCACCAAAUGGUUCGUCAGUUCAGCUCCAUAAAUUGUACAUGAACACAUUAUUGGAUUUUUUUGAAAGGUAAACAUAGUGGAUCUGGCUCUA